AUGCGACGCUCCUGGCGGGGUGGACGGCUGCUGGCUGGGCUGCGGCGGUGGGGGCCUUGGGUGUUCUGCUGCUGCGCGGCCUCGCCGAGGGUGCCGCCGCCGCCGGGGGGAUUGAACGGUGCUUGCCGCGCCUGCGGACUGUGCCGCCAUGGCAUGGCCGUCGCAGGUUUCGAGGGCGUCGCCCCGGGACAGGGCUCCGCACUGGACGCGCCAGCCACCCUGGCGGCCAUGGCCACCGCCCAGUUGCCUGGGGCCUCCGCUGAACGAUCCGAGGUGUCGCCGGUGCCGACGCGGCCGAGGGCGCCGCUGCUAGCCCUGGGCCCCUCGCGGCGUCGGCGUCCGCGGAGCGGUCGCGACGGAGGCCGCGACGGCUGGCCCGCGCGGCCUGGCGGCGCAACUGAAAGGGACCAAGAAGCGCAUUAG